UUAAAAUCAAGUAAUCAACCUCCUCAAAUAUAAUUUUGUUUUUCCAGUUGCAACCAACUAUUGGUGUACACCAAAUUCAGACCGCCCGGCCCAUUUCACUGAUAACGUAAAACAACCAAAUAAUGUUUGUGCGCUUUUCCUUUUGAUGAUUUUCACGUUUGGCAGGGAAGUCGUUGAUCUAUUACCGGGGAAGAAAAUAUAUCACCGUUAAUCUCCAUGGCAGCAGCCGGCGCCUCGCCGUUCCGUGAUCGGACGUCGGAAUUCGCGUCUUUAUCGCAAACGCUGAGGAGGAUAGGAGGAAAUGCAGUAGCUCCGCCGCCGUCGCAAUCAAACGACCAGGUUGCGUUAACUCCGGAUCGAUCCGAAUUCAACAAGAAGGCUUCCAGAAUAGGCCUUCGCAUCCACCAAACAUCGCAGAAAAUCGACCGUCUUUCUAACCUGACCAAAAGGUCAUCUAUUUUCGAUGAUCGAAGCAAGGAAAAUGAAGAACUAACUUCCUUAAUUAAAAAUGAUGUUACGGCGUUAAAAAUGGCUAUUUCUGAUUUGCAAACUCUUCAAAACGCGGAGAUUGCCGAAAGAAGUUAUUCAGGGGAUAGAGUUGUUCAUUUGACUGCUGUUUGUGAUGAUUUAAAGAACAGACUAAUGAGUGCGACUAAGCAGUUCCAAGAUGUCUUGACUACUAGAACAAAGAACAUUAAGGCUCAUGAGGACCGGAAACAGAUAUUUUCAACAGUUGUCUCAAGAGAGAAACCUUUAAAACAACCCCCUAAUAAUGUGACGGAACCACCCCCUUGGUUGAGCUCAUCUGAUUCAUCAGGAGGAAAUCUGCAUUCAUCAGGAUCAAUAGAAAACGGAGUUCAAGUUGGCAACCAACUAAGGCGAAGAAUGGCAACGGAUGUUAAUCCAUCCCCUCAAAUGGAAGCAGCCAUGUUGCAGCAGGUGGUCCCACGGCAAGAAAGCAUCUCUCAAAGUCGGACUUCUGCUCUUCAAAAUGUGGAAUCUACGAUUUCGGAACUGAGUGGGGUUUUCACACAUUUGGCUACAAUGGUUGCACAUCAAGGAGAGCUGGCUAUCAGGAUUGAUGACAACAUGGACGAGUCGCUGGCAAACGUCGAAGGUGCUAAUAAUGCGUUGCUGAAAUACUUGAAUCGGAUUUCGUCAAACAGGUGGCUCAUGAUCAAAUUGUUUUUGAUCCUAAUCUUAUUCAUGGUAAUAUUCAUAGUUUUUAUCCUUUGAUUUGUGGAUGUUGAUGAACUACAUUUGCUUCAUUGGUUAUUCUUUUUGUCCCUCUGUUUCACCUCUAUAGACAUGCCAAAACUCAAUAGCUGCUGGCCCAUACUCCAUAGUGGAGAUGUUUACCGUUCGAUGUAUAUAUAUAUAUGAUUAAAAGUUCCAUUGGUUUAUAUCGACAUGUUUUAUUUUAGAUCAAAAUAGUAUUGUUU